AUGUCCAUAACGUCGGGUUUAGAUAGUUUAGUGCGAGAAAAAAGUGAAGUGAAAGCUUUCGUCGGAGGAUGUACCUCGGCGCUCUCAGAAACCGGAGCGUAUGACACGCUCGCCGACAUGAGACGCCGCUGGUAUAACAACGGAGGUUUCCAGACGCUGCGAAUGCUCGACGAGAGCUCGCCUGAAGUCACGUCGUCUUCGGCACUGGGAUUGCCGCCCGCUAUGGUCAUGUCACCGGAGUCACUGGCUUCGCCAGAGUACGGCAGUCUCGAGUUGUGGGGUUACGAUGACGCGUACGGCGCGACGCCAUCAAUGUUUGGGUGCAACAUGGACCAGCAGCCACCACAACAACAACAGCUACAACAGGCGACUCAGCCAUUGCCAUCAAUGCCUCUACCAAUGCCACCGACUACACCCAAAUCUGAAAACGAAUCGAUGUCAUCAGGUCGCGAGGAGUUAUCACCGGCUUCAAGCGUCAACGGCUGCAGUACAGAUGGCGAGGCGAGACGGCAGAAGAAAGGGCCUGCACCGCGGCAACAAGAGGAACUCUGUCUCGUAUGCGGUGAUAGAGCCUCCGGAUAUCACUACAAUGCACUAACUUGCGAAGGAUGUAAAGGUUUCUUUAGGCGAAGUGUAACCAAAAAUGCAGUGUAUAUUUGCAAGUUUGGCCACGCUUGUGAAAUGGACAUGUAUAUGCGAAGAAAAUGUCAAGAGUGCCGGUUAAAAAAAUGUUUAGCAGUGGGUAUGAGGCCCGAAUGUGUAGUACCAGAAAAUCAGUGUGCUAUGAAGCGAAAAGAGAAGAAGGCACAGAGAGAUAACAAAGCGCCGGUUACUACAACGACAGUGGACGAUCACAUGCCCCCCAUUAUGCAAUGCGAUCCACCACCUCCCGAGGCCGCCAGAAUUCUGGAAUGUUUGCAGCACGAGGUGGUGCCGCGUUUCCUGAAUGAGAAGCUUAUGGAACAGAACAGGCUGAAGAAUAUUCCCGCUUUGUCAGUCAAUCAAAGAAGUCUCAUCGCCCGACUUGUCUGGUAUCAGGAAGGUUACGAACAACCUUCGGACGAAGAUCUGAAAAGAGUCACACAGACCUGGCUUUCAGAUGAGGACGAAGAGGAAUCGGAUAUGCCGUUCCGUCAAAUCACAGAGAUGACCAUCCUAACAGUGCAGCUAAUUGUAGAAUUCGCUAAAGGCCUACCCGGUUUCGCCAAGAUCUCGCAGUCAGACCAGAUCACGUUAUUAAAGGCUUGUUCAAGUGAGGUGAUGAUGUUACGAGUGGCGCGGCGCUACGACGCCGUGUCGGACAGCGUGCUGUUCGCCAACAACCAGGCCUACACUCGCGACAACUACCGCAAAGCAGGCAUGGCCUACGUCAUCGAGGACCUGCUGCACUUUUGUAGGUGCAUGUAUGCAAUGACAAUGGACAACGUACACUACGCGUUACUUACUGCCAUCGUUAUAUUUUCAGACCGGCCGGGUUUGGAACAUCCACAACUGGUGGAAGAGAUUCAGCGAUACUACCUGAACACACUGCGAGUGUACAUCCUAAACCAAUACAGCGCGUCGCCGCGCUGCCGUGUGGUGUACGGCAAAAUCCUCGGCGUGCUCACAGAGCUUCGCACGCUCGGCAUGCAAAACUCCAACAUGUGCAUCUCGCUCAAGCUAAAGAAUAGGAAACUACCCCCGUUCCUCGAAGAGAUCUGGGACGUGGCGGAGGUGUCCACGGCCAAGUCACCCGUCGUGGUGGAGAGGCCCACGCUGCUCUAG